GAAGUUGCUGCGGGACCGGGGGCAGCUCUCCCAUUUCUGGAAAGCCCACAGGCUCGACACGGUCCAGUACAGCGAGGACUGCGCUGCCUUCACGGAGGUCAACGAGCCCCUCAUCAACUACCUGGACAUGGAGUAUUUCGGGCAGAUCUCCAUCGGGACCCCCCCCCAGAACUUCACCGUGAUAUUCGACACGGGUUCCUCCAACCUCUGGGUGCCGUCUGUCUACUGCGUCAGCAAAGCCUGCGCUGAGCACACCAAGUUUCAGCCAUCCCAGUCCAGCACAUACCAGGCGAUAGGGACCCCCUUCUCCAUCCAGUACGGGACCGGCAGCUUGACAGGAGUCAUUGGAUCUGACCAAGUAAUUGUUGAGGGCCUUACCGUGAGCAACCAGCAGUUUGCAGAGAGCGUCAGUGAGCCAGGAAAAGCCUUCCUGGACGCCGAGUUCGACGGGAUCCUGGGGCUGGCUUACCCCUCGCUGGCCGUGGAUGGGGUCACCCCUGUCUUUGACAACAUGAUGGCACAAAAUCUGGUGGAGCUGCCCAUGUUCUCCGUCUACCUGAGCACGAACCCCGAAUCCUCCCUGGGAGGAGAGCUGCUCUUUGGUGGCUUUGACCCCUCUCGCUUCACGGGGACCCUGAACUGGGUGCCAGUCACCCAGCAAGGGUACUGGCAGAUCCAGCUGGACAACAUCCAGCUGGGUGGGACAGUGACUUUCUGCGUGGACGGCUGCCAGGCCAUCGUGGACACCGGGACGUCUCUCAUCACGGGCCCCACCAAGGAUAUAAAAGAACUGCAAAGCUAUAUUGGCGCCACAGCUGUGGACGGAGAGGUGACAGCAAGGGUGGGGAGAGGAGGGGGGGGGCAAAGCCCUGGGACCCCAACCCUGCCGGGAGGGACCUCCCGUGCAGCAGCGCCGCUGAGCUGCCCGGCUGUUUCGCAGUACGUCGUGGAGUGCAGCAACCUCAACGUGAUGCCCGACGUGACCUUCACCAUCAAUGGGCUCCCCUACACGCUCGGCGCCCAGGCCUACACCCUCACGGAGUACAGCGACGGCAUGGCCUUCUGCACCAGCGGCUUCCAGGGCAUGGACAUCGCCCCUCCCGCCGGACCCCUCUGGAUUUUGGGCGACGUUUUCAUCCGUCAGUUUUACUCCGUCUUUGACCGUGGCAACAACAGGGUGGGGUUGGCCCCCGCUGUCCCUUAG